AUGUCGAAGACCGAAGCGCUCACCCAGGCGUUUCGCAAGGCAAUAGGUGUGAGGAUCAAAGAGGAGACGGAAAUCAUCGAAGGGGAGGUAGUCGAAAUCCAAAUCGACCGACCAGCCACGGCCGGAGCCGCGGCCAAAACGGGAAAGCUCACGCUCAAGACGACCGACAUGGAAACAAUCUACGAGCUGGGAGUGAAGAUGAUCGACUCUCUCGUGCGCGAAAAGGUCCAAAGCGGCGACGUGAUAGCCAUCGACAAGGCUACCGGGCGGGUGACCAAGCUCGGGAGGAGCUUCACGCGGUCGAGAGAGUACGAUGCUGCGGGGCCGGCGACGCGGUUUGUUCAGUGCCCGGAUGGGGAGUUGCAGCGGCGCAAGGAGGUGGUGCACGUGGUGUCGCUGCACGAGGUGGAUGUGAUCAACAGCCGCACGCAGGGGUUCCUGGCGCUGUUCACGGGGGAUACGGGGGAGAUCCGGGCGGAGGUGCGGGAGCAGAUCGACAGCAAGGUGCAGGAGUGGCGGGAGGAGGGCAAGGCGGAGAUUGUACCGGGGGUGCUGUUUAUUGACGAGGUGCACAUGCUGGACAUCGAGUGCUUCUCCUUCCUCAACAGAGCCCUGGAAAACGAAAUGGCGCCCAUACUGGUCGUGGCGACCAAUCGGGGCAUCACCACGAUCCGAGGAACCAACUACAAGGCGCCACAUGGCAUUCCGCUGGAUUUUCUCGACCGCCUGCUUAUCAUCAGCACAGAGCCUUACAAAGAAGAGGAGAUCAAAGAGAUUAUAAAAAUCCGAUGCCUAGAGGAGGCAGUAGACACAUCCCCUGACGCCCUCGACCUGCUCUCCAAAAUCGGCGUCGAGACUUCCCUCCGAUACGCCAUCCACCUUAUCACCUCGGCUCAUCUGGCGGCCACUAGGAGACGAAAAGGGGGCAGCGGAGGGGGAGGGGGGGUGGUGGUGGAAGUGGAGGAUGUGAGCAGGGUGUACACUCUCUUUGCGGACGUGAAACGGUCGACGCAGUUUCUUGUGGAGUAUGGCGAGCAGUUUUUGUUUAAUGAGCAAGACGCUGUCAUGUCUGGAUGA